AUGGUUACUCUACAACGACCUACUACCGCCAUCAAGACCAACAGCACUACUCUCGCUGACAAACGCAAGAAUCACAAAAAUCUUUCGUUGAACUUGACAUCCCGCCGUAUCCAGCCUCCAGCUACAACGACACCAGCAGCAGCGACACCAGCAGCAAUACGCAAAGCAGCAUGCGACAAUGACGACAAUCCACCUUCACAAGAACCACAGCAUUUGACACACUAUGAGCAAGGACCAGCCCAAAUCCUACCCAACCUCUUUUUGGGCGCCUGUCACACCGCUCAGAACAGCGCCGUGCUCGAGCGCCACGAUAUCUCGUGUAUCAUAAAUGUUGCUCACGAAAUCAACAGUCCAGCCCCAAGCGUGUCUUCUUACCACCACUUUAAAUGGACACAUUCACAAAACAACCUGGCUCGCCGUGAAUUCCAACGUGCCAUUCGCAUUCUUGAGAACGCUCAUCGAUCCAACGUGAAUGUUCUUGUACACUGUCAAUCGGGUGUUGAACGGUCUGCUUCUUUAGUCAUUGCCUAUAUUCUCUACUUGUCUCGUAACAACCCGCUGUCGUCAGUGGUUACCAAACAAAUGUCACUUUCCGAGGCAUAUGACUUUGUGCGUAUCCGUGCACCAGCUAUCAAACCCAACAUGGAACUCAUGUAUCAGUUGAACGAGUUUGAA